AAGUGCAAUGAAUUCGUUCGAGCUCCAUCCAUGGCGGUUUCCUCACCGACACGUCAGUCAGUCCGAAUUUGAUUACGACAAGGCAGACAUUUUCCUCCCCCUUGAGGACUGCGUGAUUCUUCCCAGCACAGGCACCGUUCCUGUUAGGUGGAGCUUGUUCUUUAUAGACGGAGCAUCCUUUUUGGUGCAGCAUUCUCUCUUAUAUGUACAUCGAUGCAUCUUCCCUGGUAGACGAAGUGAUUUUUCAGUCGGCGCAAAAGACUCCACGUUACAAAUUGGCGCAUCUUCCUUGGUAGACGAGGCAUUCGUCAGCAUUCGUCAGCAUUCGUCAGCAUUCGUCAGCAUUCGUCGUAACACCCGAAUCUGCCAUACGUUUUAUCUCACUUCUGUCGAUGCGUUUCGCGUGAGCGACCUCCUUCUUCCUUUGCUGAUCCGACGGCCAGAUGGGCUCGCUGCUAUCGCGGCUGCUCGCCAGCCGUCCGAUGGCCGGCGCUGGCCCCACGAUGGUGGUGAAGGAUCUCGUCCUGAUUGGCGGAGGCCACAGCCACGUCAUCGUGCUGAAGAGCUUCGCCAUGAAGCCGAUGCCAGGUGUCAGGCUCACAUUGGUCACUCGUGACGUGCACACGCCCUACAGCGGCAUGCUGCCAGGCUUCGUUGCGGGCCACUACACAUACGACGACUGUCACAUUGACUUGCGCCCCUUGGCUGAGCUCACCAACGCGCGGCUGCUGCACUGCUGUGCGUCAGGCCUCGAUUUGGUCAACCGCUCCGUGACACUCGCAGACGGGCGCCCCCCCAUCCGCUAUGACGUGCUCUCCAUUGAUAUUGGAAUCACGCCCCUGCAGUCAGUGGAGGGCGCAAGGGAGCUGACUUUUCCUGUGAAGCCCAUCGACUCGUUCACCAAGCGGUGGGAUGCUCUCAGGUCUCGAAUCCUCUCCCUCGCGCCUGGCUCCAGUGUCCGUGUGGUGGCAGUGGGAGGGGGAGCGGGGGGAGUGGAGCUACUUCUGGCCAUGCAGCAUCGACUGCAACAGGACUGCCUGAAGAGCCAUGUGGACGCUUCUUUUGUUCUUGUAACGAGGGGGGAACUCCUGCCAACCCACAAUGCUCGCGUGCGAUCCAUUCUCAGGCGGAUUUUGCGGGAGAGAGGUGUGCAGGUGAUUGAUGCCGCAGUGGUAGCGGUGAGGAGAAGGCGAGGGGAGGGGGGCAGGGUCCAAGGGAGCCCGGAGGGGGUGGUUAGCAGCCGAAGCAGCAACUGGGAGAGUGGAGUGGAAGGGGGUCCGCCCCUUGAAGGAAGCGGGUUCACUCAAGAAUGGUUGGUUCAAGAGGCACAUGGCGUUGUAGUGCACGGGGGGGUGCUCGUUCUGGAAGGGGGAGAGGAGGUGGAGUUCGACGAGUGUGUGUGGUGCACGCAGGGCGGAGCAGCCUCGUGGCUCUCCCAGACAGGCCUAGCGCUUGACAAUGCGGGGUUUAUCAGAGUGGGCGACACCCUAGAGUCUAUCAGCCACAAGGGCGUGUUUGCAGUGGGGGACAUCCACUCGUCCGACAUCUACCCAAGGCCCAAGGCGGGCGUGUUUGCAGUCAGGCAGGGGAUGCCCUUAGCUGAGAAUCUCAGGAGGGCGCUGAUGGAGCACCCACUGAAGCCAUUCAAGCCGCAGAGCACGUUCCUCAGCCUUAUAAGUACCGGCGACAAGUAUGCAGUCUUCUCUCGGGGCUCUCUGGCAUUCGAAGACGGGCUCAUGUGGACUCUCAAGGACCGCAUCGACCGUGCUUUCAUGCGCCAGUUCAGCCAGCUGCCCGCCAUGCCCUCCCCCCCUGCCCCCACCAUCCCUGUGGCACACACGGCUGGGCCCGAGGCCUUGCUGGCACUGAAGAGCUUGCCCAUGCGGUGUGGGGGGUGCGGCUCCAAGGUGGGCUCCUCCCUUCUCGCCCGUGUCCUCUCUCGCCUCGCCGCCCUCCCCAGCCGCCCACCUGGCCGACCUGAGAUUCUCCUGGGGCUGGAUUCACCUGACGACGGUGCUGUGAUGGAAAUACCACCUGACAGAAUGGGCGGCAAUCAGAAACCAGUCAUAGUGCAAACAGUCGAUUUCUUCCGCUCCUUCCUCGCCGACCCCUACACCUUCGGCCGCAUCGCUGCUCUCCAUGCGCUGAGCGACUGCUUCGCGAUGGGGGCUGACCCUGUCUCGGCGCUCGCUAUAGUCACACUUCCAUUUGGGACAGAGGAGAAGGUGGAGGAGGAGCUCUUCCAGCUCAUGGCAGGGGCCAUCCGCGAAUUGGACGCUGCCACGUGUCAGCUGGUGGGAGGGCACACGGUGGAGGGGCCUGAGCUGUCGCUGGGGUUUGCUGUCACGGGAUUGGCGGAGAAGGACAGGCUGUUGAGAAAGGCAGGCAUGUGCGUCGGCGACAGCAUCAUUCUCACCAAGCCCAUCGGCACAGGGGUCAUUUUUGCAGCCAACAUGAGGAGCAAGGCAAAGGGACGGUGGGUUGACGGGGCCAUUGGCAGCAUGCUGGUCUCUAAUCAGAAAGCCGCAGCCAUUGCAUUGCAACACGAGGCCACUGCUGCUACAGAUGUCACCGGCUUUGGUCUGAUUGGCCAUCUGGUGGAGAUGACAAAUGCCUCACGUGUUACUGUCUCCAUCGACCCAUCUACAGUACCCAUUCUGGAUGGUGCACUUGAGUGCACCCAAGGGGGCAUUUUCAGCUCGCUCCAAGACUCGAAUUUGCGCCUGCGACGAGCCAUCAGCAAUUAUGAGGAGGCAUCCACCCAUCCCCUCACAUCUCUUCUAUUUGACCCCCAGACGGCCGGGGGACUUCUUCUCUCUGUGCCUCACGCUAGAGCCACUCAGUGCUUGCUAGCUUUGCACAGUGGGGGAUACCCCGCUGCUGCUGUGAUCGGUAGAGUGGUUUCCUUGACUGAGGAGGCGUGUGGAGGCCCGUCCGUUACGAUUGAAUGCAACCAGUAGGGAAAAAGAAUUUAUCCGUUCUUCGUAUUAUGAAAGUUUGCUUCAUUUAUUGGUGCCCCAUACGCGCCUUCAUAUAUUGAUACCCUUGAAGAUAAUGCCUAUCGAUAUCGCUUCUAUU